AUGGGUAUCGUUGUAAAGGAUAUCCAACGAAACGAAGUUUGGUUUAUGCAAAAGGGAGCAGAUACUGUCAUGGCACCCAUUGUGACAUCAAGCGACUGGUUAGACGAGGAGACUGGUAACAUGGCUAGGGAAGGUCUUAGAACGCUUGUAAUUGGACGCAAAAAGUUGGGAAGCGAAUUGUUCCAAGAGUUUGUCAACAAGUACCAGAAAGCAUCAGUAGCAAUGCAUGAGCGUGAGGCUUCGAUGCAAAGGGUUAUUUCGCAGUUGCUCGAACAAGAUUUGGAACUUUUGGGUCUCACAGGAGUUGAGGAUAAACUUCAAAUGGAUGUCAAGACCUCUAUCGAACUAUUGAGGAACGCUGGAUUGAAGAUAUGGAUGUUGACAGGUGAUAAGGUUGAGACUGCCAAGUGUGUUUCGAUCAGUGCUCGACUCAUAUAUAGGGGACAAUAUGUUCACCAAAUCACCAAAUUGUCUCAUCCCGAUAUGGCUCUACCACAAUUGGAGUACCUCAAGUCCGAUACUCAAGCCUGUCUUCUCAUCGAUGGUGAAUCGUUAGCAGUCUACCUCAAGCAUUAUCGACAGGAAUUUUUAUCGGUGGUUAUUCAUCUUCCUGCUGUGAUUGCUUGUAGGUGCACUCCUCAACAGAAGGCAGAUGUUGCGUUGUUAAUCAAAGAGACAACGGGUAAGCGAGUAUGCUGUAUUGGAGAUGGAGGAAAUGAUGUGAGCAUGAUUCAAUGUGCUGAUGUGGGAGUUGGAAUUGUAGGAAAGGAAGGAAAGCAAGCUUCUUUAGCAGCCGAUUUCAGCAUUGAUCAAUUCUGCUACUUGCAAAAAUUGCUUUUGUGGCAUGGAAGAAACUCAUACAAGCGCUCAGCAAAGCUUGCACAAUUUGUGAUUCACAGAGGACUUCUUAUUUCAGUUGCACAGGCAGUAUACUCGAUCUGUUCCAAGUUCGAACCACUAGCCUUAUACCAAGGAUGGCUCAUGGUAGGAUACGCUACACUCUAUACGAUGGCCCCAGUGUUUUCUUUAACGCUCGACUGUGAUAUUGAUGAGCAUUUGACAAGACUAUAUCCCGAGCUUUAUCGUGAAUUGACUCUUGGCAAGGCAUUAUCGUACAAGACAUUUUUCAUGUGGGUUUUGAUUUCACUUUAUCAGGGAGUUGUGAUCCAGCUAUUGAGCCAGAAAUUCGACGGAAUCGAUCCUAGCACCUUCAAAAUUAUGGUGGCACUUCUGUUCUCCGCAUUAGUCUAUAACGAGUUGAUCAUGGUGGGGUUGCAAAUUAACAAGUGGAACCGAAUUAUGAUGUUAACAAUUAUCAUCACAUUUAUGAUUUAUGUCGGGUCCAUUCCAUUUUUGGGCGAUUACUACGAUUUGGACUAUGUUACGUCAUUCAGCUAUAUAUGGCACACGGCGGUAAUUUUGGUGGUUAGUUUGUUGCCCGUGUGGGUGUCGCUUGCAAUCAGUAGACGCAUCCGGCCACCCACGUAUGCCAAAGUGCAACAAGAUUGA